UUCGGUUUAUAAGGAAUAUGUUUUAUUGCGUAUUGUUCGGAAGCGCUCGGUACAAAUGGAAUAAAUAUGAGCAUCGCUUUGUGAAACGGGGGUUUAAUGCAUAUGCGUGAAGUGUCGUUACAGAGCAGCUUGUGCAGUCCGCACAGGCUAAUCAGCGAGAACACCUUCCGCUAUGUACCUGCAGUGGCCAAGGUGACGUCAUACACGACGAUGGAGCUGAACGGCUGGGUCUACCUGUGGCACCACGCGGAAGGAGCGGAGCCCAGCUGGACCCCGGUGGAGCUCCAGGAUAUCACUUCCGGCACGUGGCAGUACAAGGGCCGCACCGAGCACUACAUCAACUAUCACAUCGAGGAACUCCCGGAAAAUGGCGCCGAUGUCGCUCAUCUGGCGCAGGUGCACAAGCCCUUCAUCGCCGCCGGCAUAGACCUGGCCUCCAUGUGGAACAAGUACCUGUCAUGGGGCCAGCAUAAAUGGACCGCCUCCUGGAAUCAACCUCCGGCACCCGACGAGCACGUGGGCUCGCUGAAACUGACUCACGACCUCAAGUUCUUCGGCAUCAGUCUGCCUUUCGUUUUCCUGAACGUGCACGCUUUUCAGGUUGGUCCUGGCAUCGUUUACCUGAAGUUCGAAAGCUUCUUCGGCACGGGCGUAUUCAUCCAGUCCUUGACCCCCGUGGAGCCCAUGCUUCAGAAGCUCGCCCACAGCAUCUACAUGAACUGGGCGGUACCAAACUGCAUCUCAAAGUUCUUCCUGUAUGCCGAAUGCGUGCAGGUUGAGCGAGACAUCAUGAUUUGGAAUAAUAAAAAGUACGCGGGCAAACCUGUGUUCGCGAAGUCUACUGAAGACAGCCUCAUUGCGCGGCACAGGCGUUGGUACUCCCAGUUCUACUCGGAAAACUUACCGAAACUGAAGUUUUAAAAGGAUGACCUUGAAUUUUGAUCCGAAAUUAUGUCGCAAAAAGUGAGAAUCUCAAAGCGCGCCAUUUUUCUUCUGCAAGCUUUAAAGGGAUUUGUUCGCAGAUUUUGAGAUUUUUUAAAAAUCGUCAUAUAACGUUUAAAAUUGAUACAUGUAAAAUUUUGAAGUAAAAGGCUCCGGCAUAUAACAAGAUGAGAUUAUUAGAAAGAAAAUAAAAAAGAACAGUUGAUAGCAUCUUUUCCACAAGCACAGACGUUAUGAUCUUACGAUUACAAAGCUACCGCCAUAACCACGCGGUCAUCUGUGAUGUGAUGGUUUUGAUACUUUUGAUUCAAUGUAAAUGCAUUCUACGUAUUGUAACAACCCUAUAACGAAAACAACAAAAAUUCUCAUUUCGUCUUUGAACCGUAUUGCACUUUUAUAAAUUUCGACUGAAGCUGACUCAAAAAAGAAAACGUCUGAGUCUUACUCUGUGAAAAUGGGGUGAAAUGCAUGUGCGUAAAGUGUCGUCCCAGAUUAGCCUGUGCAGUGCCGACUUUUUCCGCCUAAACUGGAUUUUUGCUGAGAAGAGACUUUUUUGAAACAAGCAAUAUCAUACAAACCGAAAGUGUCGUCUCUGAAUUGUGUCGUCCCUGAAUAGUGUCGUCCCUGAUUAGUGUCGUCCCUGAUUAGUGUCGUCCCUGAUUAGUGUCGUCCCUGAUUGCACAGGCUAAUCUGGGACAAGUGUCGUCCCUGAAUGCACAGGCUAAUCUGGGACGACACUUUACGCACAUGCAUUGAACUCAUUUUCCACAUAGCACGGUCAAUAUAUUAUGAAUUUAUCAAAGCCACUAGCGUUAUUAGGCUACAUUAUGUAAAGCGGUCUGUUAAUGUUGAAAUAUGUGCACACUGUUGGAGAAUUGUCAUUCUGACCUAAUGGGAACAAAAACCUUAAAAACCGCCCCGUCACUGGAUUUGGUGUGUGGUUUAUAUGUCAAAACAUAAUUAUUAAAGCGUUUUGGCAUAUUAGAUGCGUUCUCAUUUACAGCUAAAAACAUAGCAGUUCAGUACUCGUGUUAUCUUAUUAUUAUACUUUAUUAUUAUUUAGUUCUUACUGAGAAACCAAACAUUACUCGGAACGUCAAUUAAUCCCAGAAUGGAAAAUUGUAAAGUUACAAAAUUGAAUAUGUGCAACGUUCUUUGUUUGAACAGCGAAGUCACCGAUAAAACAGUUGUGCACGAUACGAUCAUCAUAUGCAUGUAUCGCUCACUAAGUUUACCGGUAACUUAAAAUUAAUCGUUAAGUAUUUUUUUCUGUUAUCAAGUCCAAUUAAUUUGCUAACAAUAUAUGCUAUGAUUAGUCAAAUGUAGUUUAGAUGAAGCAAUGCGUAUCCUGAUAUUUAUAUUUACUUUUAUGCCCCGGCAGGGUGGCAUAUAGCAGUUGAACUGUCCGUCAGUCCGUCCGUCUGUCCGUCCGUCCGUCCGUCCGUCCGAAAACUUUAACAUUGCCCAUAACUUUUGCAAUAUUGAAGAUAUCAACUUGAUAUUUUGCAUGCAUGUGUAUCUCAUGGAGCUGCACAUUUUGAGUGGUGAAAGGUCAAGGUCCAUCCUUCAAGGUUAAAUAUAUGGCUUCAAAGCGGCGCAGUAGUGGGCAUUGUGUUUCUGACAAACACAUCUCUUGUUUCCUUUCGUGUUUAUGUUGUUAUAUAGCAUUUUAUUAGAUAAUUUAUUUGCACAAUGUACACAUUUAUUUUCCCAACAAGUGCAUUUACUAAGAAUCCAUCCAAUCAUUUGGAUAAAUGAUAAUCAAUAAUGUUAUAUAUUUGCUCACGAAUAUAUGUAAAUGGUAAUAGUGAUAUUGUAGAAGCGUGUACAUAAUUGUUUUUAUACGGCAUAUACAAUUAUAAUGCAUGUAAAGUUG